UUGAGAAACCUCGCGAUGUUCAGAGAGACCGCACUUUCCAACAUGGCAGGUAGUAAGACCGUGUUAGAGGGGCGAGUUAGUAUAAAAAGCUUCAUUUUGGGAUUCUGUGUUAUUUUAAUUCCCAUUAUUUCAUCGCUGACGUCCCAUGUUUCCUGGGUAUCAGACUAUCUAACCGGUGCAGGGGGCAAAGUGACUAUUGCUGUAUAUCUGGUGGUGAUUAACAGCUUCUUGCUUGUCGUGUACAAAGGACCUAUUUAUAAGGUUGCUGUGCGGGCUUGUUUUCUUGGCUUUACCUUUGGCUGUGGUCUGCUGAUCAGUUUGAGUCAGACAACAUGGACACACUUUGGCUGGUACAUGUGCUCCUUGUCCUUCUUCCACUACUCUGAAUACUUGGUGACGGCUAUGAUUAACCCCCAAAGCCUGUCCUUAGACUCUUUCCUCCUCAACCACAGUCUGGAGUACAAUGUGGCUGCUCUGUCCUCAUGGCUGGAGUUUACUGUGGAGGUGCUUCUGGUCCCAGAGCUGAAGCAGUGGCGCUGGCUCAGUCUGAUGGGGUUGCUGAUGGUGGUGUGCGGGGAGUGCCUGAGGAAGUCUGCCAUGCUGACCGCUGGCUCCAACUUCAACCACAUCGUCCAGAACGAGAAGGCCCAGAGCCAUGUGCUGGUGACCACGGUGUACUCCUUCAGCCCCCUCCUAUGUGGCGGUUCUACUGACCGCACGCAGUACCGCAUCUAG